ACGAAAUUGAUACAGAGACGCGAAAAUAACAGUGUGAUAACCCAUUACCACUGUAAUGAACAUCGUUUGGAGCUUGAAACGAGCUUGGAACUCUGGGCUGCGCUCGUAAAAUGUGACCGUAUAAUUAACGCGUAUUAUAUUUUGGAUGAGGUUAUGUAAGGUCGAGCUCCGCCGAUGAUGUAAAGUAGUGCUGAUAAAUACGCUGAUUUUUCACAUCUAAGUGAAAUUUUAGUUCGGCUCUUAUCAUUCGGUAUACUCCAGUAAUUGACGUUAACGAGUUAUGAAUCUUUGCAAAGCAAUGCGCCCUAGUGCUUAUAGGUUUUAAAUAAAUCCAUUCUCGUAUCCAUCACUUGCAACUUCACAUUAACUUAUUAAACACGUGAUCCAUAAAUUACCUACUUGCAAAAUAUGCUGAUAUCUAAUGAGUGCGAAUGCGAAUACGUGUUCACGGGGCUUUUUUUGGAAAGUCGCCCAGUGCCUCGUGGGGGCAUGUUGACCACGCAACACACAUACACCUACAGUGUGCCUUAUCUUAUCCGUGGGAUAUUGAAUUAUUACUGAACACGGAUAAGUACUCGGUUUUAUAACUGAAAACGCCGGCAAAAAGACACGCCGAAGACCGGGCCAACUUUGUCGCAGUGUAUAGCAGUACACAAGUCCAUCGGUUGUCGUCGAAAAUGCUUCUGCUGCUGCUGACAAGUAUCGUUCAGAGGAUCAACGAGCGCUGGUUCAACGUGCAAAAGCGAACGAGCGAGGGCAUCCAGUCUGCCAAAGAUGCUGUCUUCCGCGGUGGCCUCGUUCUCGUCACCGGAGUCGUCAUCAUCUGGCUCUCGAUAUUCCUCUACACCGCUUUUUAUUACGCCUACAUGCCCAGCAUGACCUACAUCAGGCCGGUCAAUCUUCAAUUCAAGUCGUGCGACAAAGACAAAGGUGUCUGCAGCUUUCCCUCGGCCUACGUGCAACUGACCAAGAAGCAGCAGUUGCUGAUGGUCGGGCAGCCUUACAAAGUCCAUUUGCAACUGGAAAUGCCUGAGUCACCGGCUAACAGAGAGCUUGGCAUGUUCAUGGUCUGUGCUCAGCUACGCAGUCGCGAUGGUGUGCUGGUUGAACACGCUUGCAGAUCUGCCAUGCUGCACUAUCGCAGUGCUCUGCUGCAUACCUUGACCACUCUGACGUUUUCACCUAUGAUGAUAUUUGGUACUUUUGAGGAGAAACAAAGUGUCAAUCUUGAACUCUUUGGAAACUUUGAGGAAGAUCAGAGUCAUCCAGUUACAAUAAUCUAUGUGGAAAUUCAGUCAAGACACAUUGAAUUUUAUUCAGCCACAAUUAUUAUAAAUGCUCAUUUGUUUGGCCUACGUUACUUGAUGUUUCACUGGCCUAUUCUGUCAGCAUUGGUUGGCAUUGGUACAAACUUGUUUUUCAUAGUGUUCAUGUUUAUCCUAUCCUAUCUACACUUUUCUUCAGAGGAUGAAAAUACAGAUGAAAGUUUUAAUUAUGAAAAAGGUGCAACGGAAGAUGAUGAGGAUGAUGAAGAUCAAGAAGAAAAAGAAAAAGAUUUAAGGACCAACGGUGGUGACAUUUGUACAGAUACUUCGUCCAUGGAAUAUACAUCAAUGUUGGAAAACAUUCCAGAAACAUUGAAUGAGAGCGAGCCAACCUCUUCUUCUAGUCCAGUUUUGAGUAAAUCCAGUUAUAUCGAGGAUAUUUCUUCUCUACUGGAAGACUCGACUAUAAAGGAACUUUUCGAAUGACAAUAUUACUUUUUUAAUGCAUUCAGUUAUGCAUAAUGCGAAAAGAUGCCAAAUAUGUACAUAGGAACUGAACGAGUACAAUGUUUUUCUAUCCAUUUUUUACAUUCGUAACAUUCAUUGACCAUUGUGGGCCACUAGAAGUAACAAUUUAUGUGAUAUCUAUUUUUUCAUGUAUA